AUGCACUUUUCGGAAGUUGAGAAACUCCAAGGCAACCAGUCUAGACAGAUGUACAUCAAUAGGGAUGGAAAACUCCUUGAAAAAAGUCUUGUUCUUCGUAAUUACUUGGGCGUUGUAACUAGUUACAACAGUAAAGCUCUCAGAAAUAGAGGACAAUAUAAUUUCUCAAUCUUUAAGUUUGAGAACUCUACCCUUCCACCAAUCCUCAAUGCUAUCGAGUUUUACAUGGUAAAAGAAUUCUUAGAAUCAAAACAAACCGAGCAGAUGGUAAUUGACGCAAUCAAAGACAUCAAGUCAACUUACAAGAUUAAAAAGAACUGGCAAGGAGAUCCAUGUGUCCCGCAUGCUUACUUGUGGGAAGGUCUAAACUGUAGCUAUCAUGAAAAUGAGUCCCCAAGAAUCAUAUCCUUGGACUUAUCCUCGAGCGGACUGACAGGGAAGAUAGCUCCUUCUAUAUCCAAUCUCGAAAUGAUAGAUACAUUUUUAUGCGAAAAUCCAAAUCUAUCUGGAGCUGUUUCUUGCAAAAGGAAGAAGAACAGUUUUGUUAUUCCAUUAGUAGGGUCAAUCGUUGGAAUUUCAGUCCUCUUAUUAUGUGUAGCAGCUGCUUGGUGGGGUUUCAAAAGGAAAAGACAUGGAGUUGUUGCAGAAGCAAAAGACACCAUUGGGACAUCAGUGGAGUCAACAAAACGACAGUUUACAUACUCUGAGAUCAUUAAGAUCACCAACAACUUCAAGCGGAUUCUUGGAAAAGGUGGAUUUGGAAAUGUUUAUCAUGGCUACAUCGACGAUACUCAACUAGCUAUCAAGAUGCUUUCGCCAUCCUCAGUUCAAGGAUUUCAACAAUUUCUUGUUGAUCUUCUUGUGAGAGUUCAUCACAAAAAUUUGACAAGCCUGGUUGGAUAUUGCAAUGAUAAGACUGGGGUCGGGCUUGUCUACGAGUACAUGUCUAGUGGAAACUUGCAUGCACAUCUUUUUUCAGGUAGCAGCUCAAAUAUCUUGACUUGGAAAGACAGACUUCAGAUAGCAAUAGACGCUGCACAAGAACUUUCCCCUCUAAUGAUGACACUUGCUGGCACUCCCGGCUACCUCGACCCUGUAAAACUAAAAAAUGUGAUGUUUGAUUUGCAAAUGGUUGUAACUUGUACUGGAAGGUACAACCUAUCAAACAGGUUGAACGAGAAAAGUGAUGUUUAUAGCUUCGGGGUUGUGCUGUUGGAGAUUAUCUCCUGUCGACCUGUUUACUCAUCAAGGGAACAUGAGAGAAUUCACAUCAGUCGGUGGGUGAGGUCCAUGCUUGCAGAAGGAGACAUUUACGGCAUCGUUGAUCCGAGGUUGGAGAGACACUUCAACACGAACACUGUAUGGAAGGCCGUGGAGAUAGCAAUGGCAUGUGUAUCUCCAAAUGCUAUAAAAAGGCCAACCAUGAGUCUGGUGGUGGUGGAACUAAAGGAGAGUUUGGCAACAGAGAUUGCUGGAACAAGGCGGAGCCAAGAAACUGAGUUAACAAAUUCCAUUGAGAUAAGGUCUGAUAGUUCGAUCACUAUACUAAAUCCCUCGGUUAGGUAG